AUGGGUACUAACAAGUUGCUGGCCUGGCGUCAACGGGAUGUUUACUGGAAAAGCGGAGUGUGGGAUGGUCGAAGCUUCAAGAGCGUGCCUGAGUUGACAUCCGACAAUGUCACAUACAAUUUCAGCUACGUCUGGAGUGAGGACGAGAGAUACUUCACUUUCUCCCUAAAGCAAAAUUCUUCUCCUUCGUCGUCUUGGGUGCUGGAUUCUGAAGGAAACAUCAGGCAAUAUAAAUUCUACAACUGGAACGACUACAAGUAUGAUAGUUUCAACAUUCUGUGUCCAACCCAUCUGCCCUACAACUACUCCAGAGAAAACAAGAAAAGGUGUGUGGAAAAGAAGGUACCAGAGUGCAGGAGAGGAGAGUUGUUCUAUUCCAAACAGGGGUAUAUGGAUGGACCUGGAUCUUGCUACACGUCCUUGGAUACGAGCUUGAGGCUCAGAGAUUGUGCAGACAUGUGCUGGAGCAAUUGUUCUUGUUUAGCUUACAAAACUUAUUUUGCCGAAGAGACGGGAUGCCAGCUUUAG